AUGGAGGCUCCAAUUGUAUUUCAGCAACGGCGGUCGCUAGGUGUACAAAUGCUACAGAAGCCGAUGGCGAACCACAUGUCAUUUCUCUCCACGAGAUCCUACAAUUCUCGACCGCUAUCGGAGGCGACUGAGAUAUUUGACACCGAUUAUGAAGCAGAGUACUCUCCAAUAGAUAACUCUCCCCGAAGAAGUGUCGAAUCUUUUGGUAAUGAUAGUGCCACAACUUUAUCAACUGAGGAUGAAGCUCCGACUCCAGAUGAAUCGGAUCAGGGGUCCUUUAAUUUCCAAUUUGAUAAAAGCAAACCCGUGCAAGGGCCAUCGGGACCUCACCUAUUCCGAGCUUCGUUGGAUUCGCAAUUUUUUGAGAAAUCGGAAGAUUUGGAAUUGUACUUUUCUCUUUCGCCUCUAGCACCACACCGAAGCUCGAGACUGCUGGCACACUCGCCAAAGAGAGCCAGUCCAACGCCGCCGGAACAGUUUCCUUAUUUUGAACGAUCACGAUCCUCAAGUCUCCCAGAUAUCGCUCCCGUUGCUGGCUUCGACGAUGUGCGGUCCUGGACACCUACGCAAGUUGCAGAAUGGAUGUACGAAUCUGGAUUCGAGGAUGCUAUUGUCGAGCGAUUCAUCCGGAAUGAUAUCUCGGGCUCUGUCCUCCUUGAUCUCCAGAUGGAAGAUCUGAAGGAGCUUGACAUUAGCUCCUUUGGUAUACGGCAUCGGUUGAUCAAUCUGAUACAGGGCUUCCGUACCGAACCGACGAAUGCUCCUCUAGCGCCGGCAGCAGCUCCUGAUCGGACCGGCUCUUCCCAAAGGCUGAGCAGGAGUACGUCUGUGAGAAGAGACAAUAAUAGCCCGGAAUGUUUCUCCACUGACUCUGAGGCUCCAACUCGCGGUUCAUCCCGUCGACGGGGUCGCACCAAUCGUGGCUUUGCGGAUGGCGAUAUAAUCUCUCCAGCUGAGUCUGUUUCUAUCGUGGCUAUCGAGCAGCUCCUACCGAAACUGCACGCGUGCUCCAAAGGCGAGAAUUGCAGCAGAUUCCAGAAGCAACAACGAAAGCUAGCACGCAUUGCGACUGAGUUCCCCGAUCAGUUCACCAGGAUUGACGGCACCAUUAUUCCGAAUACUGGGAAGGAAUCUGUCACCGGAAGCGUUGUGCGUCCUAAAUCAGAUGCAGCUCCCUCCGUUGUCGCGUCUUCUGAUGUUCUCGGCCCCGGUCAACUGCCUGAGUUCCAACUCAACGCUGAGAAUCUUAAUGGAGUACAACCCAGAGAUCCUCAGGAGAAUGUUCGACAAUUCCUCAGUUUCCAACAUGUAAACAAUUCCACAUAUCAUGAGCCCAAUCCACGGAUGGAAAUAUUCCCGACCCUCUCCCCACCUGAAUCUUCCCAGCCAGCCCUCCACAUGGCCAACAACCUUCGCAACCUUCCAAAGCUCAUGAUACCAGACGAUAAUGGCUCCGAUGGCAUUCUUUCAGGCGGUCAACGUACCGUUACUCCUUCAAUGGGUUCAAGGCUGGCAGGCUCGGCCACAGCAACUCAGGAAUAUAACCCUUACCAAUAUCCACUAGAUAUGUCUCGCCAAACAAACACACCAUUUUCAGAAAUGGACGUCCCUCUCACUGCUUUCCCCAUCGAGCCUCUUGAUCGGGAAGCAUCGCAAUCAGUCCCACCUAAUAUGGUCUAUGGCAACCACUUGCGCCCGCCAGUAGACCCAAUCUCUCGCUCAUCGUCGGCUAAGCCUGACAACCAUCGACGACGCCCUUCUUUCGCCACAAUGGCUCCUGUAGAUGAACUCCAGGCAAUGCAACCCAUCGACAGCCCAGAAGACCUCCCCAAUACUCCUCGCCCAAACCAUACCACAGAUAACCACUUCAGACCUUCCCAUUUCGCUGGAAUCUCCCCGUCGGCUCAGUCCCACAAGUCCGAUCCAGACACGCCCACUUCACCCUCCGCGGCACCGUCCUCGCCAUGCACAAGGACGAGCGCGAUGCCCAACGCCGCUCGCGAGCCCUGGAGUUCAUCGACGUUGACGACUACGCCGUCGCCUGCUCCUCGCUGGCGACGAACUCGAAACUCACCGCCGCCCUUCAAACGCUCCGUGCUCCGCAAAGCCGCCCAACCUACUCCAUGA